AUGCGCAAAAGGAAGUCGCUCAAGAAAGGCGAUGAUUCUGAGGGAUCAGAAGGUGGCGGUGAACCAGAAGAAUUUCAAGAUUCAGGAGAGGAUUGGACGCCGGAUGCUGAUUCGAAUGAGCAGCCAGUAAGAGCGGGUCGGAAACGAGCACCGAAAGCAUCUGUGAAUAAUGCUAAGAAAAAGCGUAAAAACUCAACAUCUGAAGAGAGUGAAGGAGAGGAGGAGGAGGAAGGAGAAGAGGAAGAGCUUGAUGAAGAAGAUGGAUCUGAUGAUGAGAAGAAUGGCUCUGAUGGGAACAAAUCAGAUUCAAGCCAAUCAAAGGACAUACCAAAACAUUUCCAUUCUGCAAACUUUGUUUUAUUAAAAUCCGAUGUAAAAUGGGAUGGAGACACUGUUACUUCAAAACUGAGUGAUCUUAACUUAUGGAAGAUUGACGGAAAAGCCUUAUUACAAAAGUUUAUCCCCAUGGAAUGUAAUGGGAAAAUUCUUCACAAAUGUACUUGUGUUUAUUCAGGGUGGAAUGUUGAUAAUCGUGAUAACUACUAUGCCAUAACUGAAAUAUUAGAUCGCAACCCCCAAACAGACUCAAAAGAAAUAUGUGUAGCUUUAGAUCUCAAUGAUCUAAUUAAAGUAAGGGACAAAUGA